CAAAUUUUCUUGUAAAACCGUCAGUUGGGUGACGUUUGUGAGCUACACUUCCGGAUUCGAAAUGUUCCUCCAUUCCUCCUUUUCUUGCUGGACGUCUGUGCCAAGUGAACACAUUUCGUAUUAAACACAAAAAGUAGCAAAAUGUCGGAUAUUGAAGUAGAUACUCCCGUUGCUGCUAUUGAUGGUCAGAUGGACAUAAAUACAGCACUCCAGGAAGUGCUGAAAAAGUCAUUGAUCGCGGAUGGAUUAGUUCACGGUCUUCAUGAAGCUUGCAAAGCUCUUGAUAAAAGACAGGCGGUUCUGUGCAUUCUUGCUGAAAGCUGUGACGAGCCCAAAUACAAAAAUUUGAUUACUGCUCUUUGCAAUGAACAUCAAAUUCCCCUGAUUCGAGUUGACUCAAACAAGAAACUCGGGGAAUGGUCUGGCCUAUGCAAGAUCGAUAAGGAGGGCAAACCACGUAAGAUUUCCGGUGCUUCUUGUGUUGUGCUUAAGGCAUACGGUGAGGAAACUCCUGCUCAUGAUGUUAUCAAAGAGCAUUUGAAGCAGCUUAGACAGUCAAGCUAAAUAUGUUGUGAUAAUGGCAUAUUGAAUAAUAUAAAAAUAUCGAUCCAAACGCGA